GAGGGCACGCGCAUCAACAUCGACCAGCAGCUCGCGCGGUUCAAGGCGUCGGACGAGGUCGAGAUCGCGUUUCCGCCCGAUCUGAACAACCACGACCGCGCGGUCGUGCACUCCGAGGCCAAGAAGCUCGGGCUGAAGUCGAAGUCGCACGGGAAAGGCGACGAGCGCCGCGUGCACGUCACGAAGCCGAAAGAGUUCAAGCCGGAGGACCACGAGGUGCGGGGCCGCGCGCGAACGCGAACGCGAGAGCUCGAGAUCGCCGCGAGCGGAUCCCUGGACGCGGCGUGGGACGACGAAGACCGCGGCGCAGCGGGCGCGAGCGGCGGCCACGGCGGCAAACGCGCCAAGACCGCGCCGCCGCUGCUCAUGCGCCCGCACGGCGCGGUGACGCCGGAGAUGGCGACGGCGUGCGCGGCGGCGCUCGCGACGCGCGUCGCGACGGACCGCGAUUUGGCGGAGAUUCAGAGGAAGCGCGCGGCGUUGCCGGUGGACGCGUUCAAGGCUGAGAUUUUGUCCGCGUGCGCGUCCCAUCAAGUCGUGCUCAUCGCCGGCGCGACGGGGUGCGGGAAGACGACGCAGGUGCCGCAGUAUCUCAUCGACGACGCGUGGCAGCGCGGCGUCGGCGCGGCGAUCAUGUGCACGCAGCCGAGACGCAUAUCCGCGAUCACGGUGGCGGAACGCGUCGCCGCGGAGCGCGGGGAACAGAUCGGGAAAGGGUCCGUGGGGUACCAAAUCCGUCUGGAGAACAAGGCGUGCGCGGACACCGCGCUGUUGUUCUGCACGAACGGCGUGUUACUCCGACGGCUGACGUCGCCCGGGGCGGAUAAGAUGCUCGCUUCGCUGUCGCACAUCGUCAUCGACGAGCUGCACGAGCGCGAUUUAUUCGCGGACUUUCUCACGAUCGUUUUGCGAUCCGCGAUGGCGCGGCACCCGCACCUUCGCCUGGUUUUAAUGUCCGCGACGGUCAGGGAGAGCUUAUUCAGCGAGUACUUCGGCGGGUGCCCGGUAAUUCGCGUCCCCGGGUACACGCAUCCGGUCGCGGACUACCACCUCGAGGACAUCUUAGACCGCGUCGGGUACGGCGGCGCGAGCGGCGGCGGGCUGACGCGAACGGCCACCGCGGACCCGGACUCCCCCGAGGGCAAAGCGAUGCAAGCCGCGGUGAUGCACGCGUUUCUCGAAGGCAGCGACGACGCGUUCGACGCGCUCAUGUGCACGAUACGAGGCGUCGGCGGCGGCGGCGUCACCGUCGGCGAGACCGCGCUCGUGGGCGUCGCGCACGAGCAGACGGGCGCGACGGCGUUGAUGGCGGCGGCGGGGAAAGGGAGGCACGUCGAAGUCGGGCAACUGCUCGGCUGCGGCGCGGACCCGACGCAGCGGUCGCGCGACGGAAGCAGCUCCGCGGACUGGGCGCGGCGGUUCGGACACGACGACAUCGCGGCGACGCUGGACCAAGCGCAGGCGGAGCUCGAACGCCUCGCGCAUUUUCAAGACUCCGCCAUCGCGCUGUCGCGGUAUCAGCUCGACGCGGACCCGGACGAGGUGGACUUACAGCUCGCGCAGGAGUUGAUCCACUGGAUCGUGCGGCGCAGAGCCGCGGACGUCGCCGCGGAGCAAGGCGGCGGCGGCCCCGAUGGCGCGAUCCUCGUCUUCCUCCCCGGGUGGUUCGAGAUCUCGCAGCUGCGGGAUAACCUCGCGGCGGAUUCGCGGUUCGGACGAGACGUCCUCGUGCUCCCCCUGCACAGCAUGGUGCCGCCCGCGGAGCAGAAGAAGGUGUUUCAGCGUCCGCCGCGUGGCGUGAAGAAGGUUGUCCUCGCGACGAACAUCGCGGAGACGGCGGUGACGAUCGACGACGUCGUCUUCGUGAUUGACUCUGGGAGGUUGAAAGAGAAGAGCUACGACGCGCACACGGGCGUGAGCACGUUGCAGUCCGCGUGGAUCUCCCGAGCGAGCGCGCAACAACGACGCGGCCGCGCCGGUCGCGUGCGACCGGGGGAGUGCUACAGGCUGUACUCCUCCGCGCGGCUCGCCGCGUUCGCGGACUUCCAGCUCCCGGAGAUGCAGCGCUCGCCGCUGGAGGAGCUUUGUCUGCAAGUGCGAAUGCUCGCGGAGGCGUCGAGCCUCGGCGGCGAGCUCGGCGGCGGCGCCGCCGCGGUCGGCGCCGGCGCCGGGUCCACCGCGAACUUUUUACUGCAAGCCGUGGAGCCGCCGAUUCCGCAGGCAAUCGCGCACGCGGUGACGCUUCUCCAGGACAUCGGCGCGUUGAAAGAGGACGAGGGGCUGACGCGUUUGGGGCGCCACCUCGGAGAGAUGCCCGUGCACCCGCGCGUGGGUAAGAUGCUCCUGUACGCGACGUUAUUGGGGGUGUUGGAUCCCGUGCUCACCGUCGCGUGCGCGGCGGCGUAUCGGUCGCCCUUCGUGAUGGCGAUGGACGGAAACAGAGAAGCCGGGAAACUCGCGCGGCAGGGGUUCUCGAACGAAGCCGGCGGCGCGUCGGACCACCUCGCGGUCUCGCGCGCGUUCGCGGGAUGGGAGACGUCGCGCGCGAAUGGCGGGAGCUCCGGGGAGAGAGCGUUCAACCAGCGCAAUUCCUUGAGCGGCGCGACGUUGAACAUGCUCAGAGGGAUGCGAUCUCAGCUGCUCACCGCGCUGAGCGGACGCGGGUUGAUUCACGACUUGCGCGGCGCGAGCGCGAACGCGGGCGCGGGGUCGCUCGUCCGCGCGGUCCUCGCCGUGGGGAUGUACCCGCUCGUCGGGCGCCUGCUCGUCCCCGGCGUCGGCGCGAACAACGCCGGCGGGGGGCGAACGCCGACGCUCGCGACGUUGCGAGGCGAAAAGGUGAAGAUUCACCCGCACAGCGUCAACGCGAAGCUUCACGACGCCGCGCGCUCGAGCGGCGUCGCGGAUAAAGGCCCGACGCUCGUGUGCUUCGACGACGUCACGCGAGGCGAAGCGCAGUUAUACGUGCGAGAGUGCACGGCGGUCAGCGCGGCGUCGCUCGUGCUCGUCGCGAGCUCGCUCACCGUGGAGGCGUUGCCGCCGGCGCGGCUUCCGCCGCACGAUCCGGAGGACGCGGCGGCGGCGGCGGAGGCGAUGAUGGAGAGAGACCUCGCGCAGGCGGCGCAGGACGCCGCGAACGAGGCCGUGCUCGUGUGCGACGACUGGCUCAAGUUCCGCGUUCCGCUUCCGGUGCUGUCCCAGCUCGCGUGUUUGAGGAUACGCCUCGCGCGCGCGUUCGCGGCGAAAGUGCAGCGACCGGCGGAUGCGCUCGCGCCGGAUUUGGCCGAGGCGUUGAGAGCGACCGCGACGUUGCUCGCGCACGACGGCGGCGCC